AUGGAAGAUGGACCCGAUGGCACAUCAAGUGGCGCCAUCCGUGGGACCUCGCAACAAAUAGUCGGCCCAAGCACACCAGCAGUUGGAGCGAGUCCCUUCAUGAGAAUGCAAAACCUUGAAGGCCCAGAAGCAACCCCAGCGGUUGCUACUAUGGUGAGACAUCAGAACACAAUCGCCGGUAAGCUUAUCAGCGAUGAGGGAGCGAAUCUACAAGGCAAAACAGCAGAAGAAAUGGAGUUAGAAGAAUUUGAAGCAUUCAAAAGCUUUAGGGCUAUGAGGAAAUUGCAAAAUGAAAGGCAACCCCAGAAAGAGAAAGAAUGGUAUCGAGUUUCUGUCCACACAGACCAAACGGAAGACUCUGACGAAGAAGGAAAGGAGUCAAGCCCUCACGAAAAAAGGUCAAGCAAGAAGGAGAAAAAUGUAGGUCGAUCAUCCAAUACAGAAGACGAUCAUGAAAGACAAGAAAAGUUACCCGAAGUAGCAGAAGAAAAGCAAUACAACCAAGCUUUCAAGAAUCUAAAUUUCGACUCUCCUUUUACGGACGACAUCAACAAGAAGCUUAUUCCCAAAGGGUUGAAAGGAUCGAGGGUGCCACCCUACGAUGGUACCAGAGAUCCAGAUGAUCAUGUAUUUAAUUUCCAAUGGGCAAUAAAAAUGAUACCAAUGGAUCCAAAUUUAUGGAGCUUGUAUUUCGCUGGAACUUUAGACGGAUCUGCCUGA